CGCGUCGACUGAGCACAUUCUACGUACUCGACAGACAAAUCAUACACUUAUCGAUUCCAUCCCUGUCGUCGUCUCUCAACUUUGCGUAUCAGAAGACUUCAUUUUCUUCUGCAUUUCACCGUAAAAGAAAAAGCAAGAAUAAAAUUAAAUUUACCAUUUUGUCUGUGACACUGUGUCUUAUGCUCUUUCUGUAUUUUCCUUCCACAUCUAUAUUCGUUUCACAUUCAUAAUUUCAUAUUCUAACCUUUCCUUUUCCUUUCUGUCUGCACCUGAGUUUUCAUUUAAUUAAUUAAUUAAUUAAUUUUUUUGUUUUAUUUGCCAAAAUGAUUUUCUGAUUGGUUUUUGAUGUUAAAAGGAAACCUGGGGCAUGUUUCAUGAGCCUAUCUUGCAGGACUAAAGAGUGAGUGAGAGUGAUGGAGGAAUUGGCAGGGGCGUUUGGCACCAGCGCCAGCUUUGCUCUUCGUUUGGGUCAAACCGUUUUCUCUUCUUCUUCCCUUCUCUUAAUGUGUUUGGACGUUGGUUUCUACUCCUACACUGCUUUCUGCUAUUUGGUAACAGUCAUGGGUUUGGUAAUUCCAUGGAGCAUAACAUUGUUGGUGGUAGAUGCUUACUCUGUCUUCAUACAGUAUUUACCGGUUCAACGAAGGCUCAUAAUGAUUAUCUUUUUUGGAGACAUGAUGUUGUCAUGUCUGUCACUAGCUGCAGCAUGUUCUACAGCCAGCAUCGCAGAUCUUCUACUUGAUGCUGGAGGAUCACACUGUCCACCAAAGCUAUGUGGUAGAUAUCAAUUGUCUGCUGCAAUGGCCUUCUUGUCUUGGUUUCUUUCAUCUGUUUCCUUUCUUUUCAAUUUUUGGCUAUUCUCUUCUCUGUAAAAUAUCUUGCUUCCUGUUGAUUUGUAGAUAAAUGAAAAGGGUGCAAAUGACAAAGUCAUUUGUUCUUAGGCAUAUAUAUUUUUUGUUCCCUGAGAAUAAAAUUUUGAUGACCUCUGUGAUUAGUCAAUACUCAACAAUGUAAUAGUUGCUCUUUCAAUGCAAGGGAAAUAUGGAAGGUUUAUUUCUUGGCUCUCAA